AUGAGAGCCUCUCCGCCCACGCAGAGCCAGUCCCCCGUUCCCCCCGCUAGCUGGGCUGACACACCCCUCCUUCCCACGCUCCCAUCCCUCCUCUCCUCCUCUCCAGCCGUCCGUCCCCCCUCCAAUUCCAAUUCCGCCCUUCCCUUACGACACCCCACCACCGCCCCCGACCCCGCCCCGCGACCUCAAAUCCAUCUUCCAGGCCCCGUUGGUCCACCCGAUCCUGUCCCCGGCCCCCCAUUGGCCCACCCCCUCCCGUCCAAUCACGCCCCGCGGCUGUCCCCGGCCCGUGCCAUCUCCCCUCCCCCGUGCCCCCCUCCGUCCUUAUCGCCCCCUAUAGUCGCUCGCACCCUUCCCGUGCACCCACCCCCCCGCGCAGAACCGGCAGCCCCCGCCUCGGCCCCCCACCACCCCCGGCCGACCGCCCCUCCAUACCCGGAUCGUCUCUUCCAUAUCCGUGCCCCCUCCGUGCCGUCCGAUCACCCGCGCGUGCGUCCCACACGUCACCCCUUGCAAACCAAACCACCCUCCCAUCCCGCGCUUCCCCACCGCGCUUCCUCGAAGCCUGUCAAGCACCACUGCCAACCUGACGUCGCCCGUCCCCCGCGCCCUUCCCCCAGCCCCAGCCCCAGCCCCAGCCUGCGCACCCGACCCCCGUCGUCCCCCUUCUUCUCGGCCGCGUCCCAGAUCGCCCGUGAGAUCACGCUGCGUCCGCGCUCCACUUACCCCGCACACGCCAAUCCGACUCCCUUUUCGGUCCCCUCGCGGUGGCGUCAGCCCUCGUCGAACCUCGAGCCUCGACUGGGCCGUUCCGGAUCCGAACGCAUCCUCGCGCGCAGCCAGCCCAACCCAACGCGGCCCAACCCAACCCACCGCCGGCCUCGGUCCCUUGCGUGCGUGCCGUCUGUCGCCCCGCACGACCAGCCCCGUUCAACAGCACCCGCGUUCCACGAUCACGUCGCAGCACGUCACGUCGCGUCGUUGCACCGUUGCACCGUCGCACCGCACCGUCGCGCCGCGUCGACGUCUCGACGUCGUCGCACGUCACCCGUCUCGUCUUCCUUACUUCCCUCCUUCCUUUCCUCACUUCUUUCUUUCUUUCUUUCUUUCAUACUUCCUUCCCCCUGCAGCGGCUCCCUUCCCACAUCCCGGCUUCUCCCCUCCCUCGCAAAUGCGUCCCAAAUGCGUCCCACUGACCCCGACCCCGGCGGUUCUCCCACCCGCGCUUCGCUUCGCUUCCCCAUCCGCACCACCUUCUCCCUUCCCUGCUCGCUCUCGCUCGAGACCGCGCCCUGCAUGCUCUUACGCACUCGCUCCUUCGUCCUGGUACGGAUCAUGCUCAGGCCGCACAGCGGCACAGCGCCCAGACUCGCGUGUAUCAUCGCGAGCGACCUGUACGGCGUCGAGCGCGCCGCCCCACAAUAG